AGGCUCCUCAUUCCUUUCCGUUGUUUUUGUUAACUGCAUGCUAGCUGGGCACACUGUGGAGGGGGGGAGGUUAUGGCAGUUCCUUGGCUCGCUAGUAUGGCACCAGGUGUAAAUUAUUGCCAGGAAGGCUUCAUCCCUGAUAUGAGCUGCAGCUGGCUGCCGUGCGGGAGGUGUGGCCUCUGUGGUCAGUUCCGGUGACGCAAUGAGGAGGUUGUAGGGCAUCAUUGCAUUGUUGUCGUACUGGUCCCCUGAACAAUACCGUUACUCCUGGUUUCCUCACGGAUUAGCGCUGAGGUUCAUCUUUGAGCAAGUCAGGAUGUUGGAGCAUCUCGCAGAUUUUCAGACUCAACUCACAGCGGUCAUGGAGGGUGUCAUCAGAACGGCUGUGGGUGAAGUUUCAGAUCUUCUUCAAAACAAGCGGUCAGAUUUCGAGCUGGAGGACAGACUCCAUUCCCUGACGGAUAUUCUAGUGAAAUCAUCGGUGUUUCAGAUCACUGAACUCGUGCAAGACAGAGUUGCCCGUUUGCAGAGCGAAAUAGGUCGGGUGAAGCAGGAAACCGAAACCCUGCGGCUGAGAUUGAGGUCCAGGGAGAAGGAGUCGUGCGGGGGGCUGGGAGCCCCGGUCUGUCCCGAGAUCACUGGAGGGGAUCCCGGGGGAGCAGAGGCUGGAGCAGUAGAGAAUGGUGCUGUCUUUUGCACUUUGAAGAGGCGUAAGAAACUGCAACACUCUGAAGAGAAAUGGAGUUCCAGUGUGAGACAGGAGAUGAAGCUCAGUGCUCCAGCAUGUGAAGAGAAACCCUCUGAACGUAGGAGUCUACAAAGUGUGAAGAAGCUCAAUGGACUGGAAUCUGUCCCCACAACAGAGCCAGGGCCUGGGUGUAUUUCAGUCAAAUCUCGAGAAUGGCAUCAGAAUACAGAAAGGUUCAAUAACUUAGAAAAUUACAACAUCACAGAAGAUCUAGAUGAACCAGAGUCUGUAAUUGCACAAGGACUCAAAAAAGAGGAACUGAAUGAACUGGACGACGUUGAUAUUAUAGAACACAACAUUGAGUCACCAUUGUUUCAUCCUGAAGAGCAGCUCCCAGAGCCAAACUGCAUUAACGUUAAAGAGGAGGGUGCUUGUGAUCUGCAUGAGCCCUCUGUUGAUUCUCUGUGCGUGAAAUCAGAAGCUGACGAAUUUGAUUGCGUUUAUGUUAAGGAGGAGACUGAGUCUGACACUGCCCACAAUGAACAGGAAGUAGCAGAGUCACAUCAUACCCUGCAGGCAGAGUAUAAAGAGGACAUGCGAAAAGAUGAACAGCAGCGAUGCCAGAGGACCCAUCAGGAGUUAAUAAUUUUAAGGCCAUGUUCAGUGAGAGUGGAAAGACUGCCAUUAGAGCACAGACAGCAGGAUUCUGGACACCCCACCAGAAUAAGUCCACUCUCUUUGAAUGAGAACACAACAAAAUUCAGUGGAGACCACAGUGGUGACUUUCACACACAGUUUGGACAGAGUGAUAUUCACUCACUCAGUUUUACAGCACACCAGCACACCCAGAAGGGGGAAACACUGCAUUCCUACUCUCAGUGUGAGAAGAAUUUUAAUCAGUCAUCUGUGCUCACAGUGCGUGAACAUGUUAAUACAGAAGAGAAACCAUUUAGUUGCAGUGAGUGUGGAAAGAGUUUUAAUUUGUUAAAUUACUUGAAAAAGCACCUGCGUGUUCACACAGGAGAAAGACCAUUCAAUUGUAGUCAGUGUGGGAAGAAUUUUAGCCGUUUAAGUGCAUUAAAAGACCACCAGCGUGUUCACACAGGAGAUCGACCAUUUAACUGUAAUCAGUGUGGGAAAAGUUUUAGUCACUUAAACAACUUAAAAAAACACCAGCGCAUCCACACAGGAGAGAGACCCUUCACCUGCAGUCAUUGUGGAAAGAGUUUUAGUCAAUCAAGCCAACUGAAAACACACCAGCGCAUUCACACAGGAGAGAAACCAUUCAGCUGCAAUCAGUGUGGAAAGAGUUUUAAUUGGUUGAGUUACCUGAAAAAGCAUCAGCGUAUCCACACAGGGGAGAGGCCAUUUACCUGUAGUCAGUGUGGGAAGAGUUUUAGCCGGUUUAGCAUCUUAAAAAAACACCAGUACAUUCACACAGGAGAGAGACCAUUCAGUUGCAGUGAGUGUGAAAAGAGUUUUAGUCACCCAUGUGAGCUAAAAAUACACCAGCGCAUUCACACAGGAGAGAGGCCAUUCAGCUGCAGUCAGUGUGGAAAGAGUUUUCGCCAGAUAAGCGCCUUAAAAUAUCAUGAGCCCAUUCACACAGGAGAGAGACCUUUCAGCUGCAGUCAGUGUGGAAAGAGUUUUAGUCACCUAAACAACUUAAAAAAGCAUCAGCGUAUUCAUACAGGGGUGAGACCAUUCAGUUGCAGUCAGUGUGGGAAGAGUUUUAAUUGGUCAAGCAACUUAAAAUGCCACCAACGCAUUCACACUGGAGAGACACCAUUCAAUCCAAACUAUACAGUGAACACAGAAUCCCCACAUUAAUUCCAUGUCACAAUUUUUUCAAACAUUCCUAAAUCCACUUUAUAUAGAGUUUGAAAGUCUAUAACAUAGCGUGCCACUAUCAUUAGACUGAGAGUUUGUAAGAGUUUCAGCUGUAAAGCUUUUGAAAUCAUAGUUACCCCAAGAUUAAUUUCCUGUGCUUUUACUUUAUUAAUAAUAUGCAAUGUUUUUUGCCUAUUAUGAUUUUUCUUUGGUUCCUGAACAUAUUAAUGCCAUUUAUGUUAUAUUCAACUCCAUUACUGUUAACUCCAUUUUAGUGAUCCCUUUGAUAUCAACAUUACCUACCUAAUAUUAUCUAGUAGGUUUCACUAUAUGUAAUUUUAUUCCAAACAAGUUUGAAAUUACAGUAUGUAUUUCAGAAUUCAGUUUAUUGAAUGUUUCUUGUUUUAAUGUAUACUGUAUUUAAACUAAUUCACAAAGUUCACAAGGUCCUAUGUAGAUUAGUUCAUUUCCAUUAUAGGAACAGUUUAAUAUUGUUUUUAAAAUAGACAAUUUUAUGGUUGAAGUGGAUCUGAAUUAUAAAGAACUUUAUUGUGGAAUACAAACUCCAUGAAUGUACACUGAGCAUCAACAGAAUCAGGACUUAAUAGCCUAAAAUGCCCUUUUAUGGCAAAUACACUGUCAUUUUAUGGAAUAGACAUACCCUGGGCAAAUUCAUUAUACUCAUUAACAUUUGUCAUCAGUGCAGCAGUUAACAGCGGGGUCUGCUGUGAAAAUCAUAAGCUAGUAGCUUGUAGCCAUCAUUGAAAGAAAUACCACUGUACAUUUGCAAAUCAGCUUUGCACCAGGUUAUAGAUGCCUUGUGGUGGGAACCGAUCAAGCAUGUGUCUGUUCACCUGUCCCUGAGACCUUCAUGCCACACUCAGCUCUGCUUAUGCCACAAUUGUUCAGUCAGGAAGUAGAGCAUCCAUUGUUACAUCUGGGCCUCCCAGUGCUCACAGCUCCAGAUGCAGAGUCAAACUCUCAGUGCCAGGAGAACUAGAUCGGGGAUUUGUGCUGUGUAGUGGAAUUAUGCAGUAGCUAUAUAAUCCUGAAGAGGCCAUUACUUGGACCUUUUCAUUAUUCUUGGCAUAUUGUUGUAGCUCUAUCCACUUUCUCUUACAACUAGAAUUAGGGCUUAUGUAGCACUAAAAUGGAGAAAAUCCCUUGUUUAUAUCACAAUAUGUUAUGAAUAAUCCAUUAAUCCAUUCUGAAUAAAUAACAUUUAACCAAUA